AUGCGCCUUAGUCCUCUUCUCGUGCCCCUUGUCAUCGCCAUGCCCGGCGCUCUGGGCAACGUGCUGGUCACCAUCAAGGCCGAAGACUCCACCCUAUCGAUCUUUGGUAUCGAUGGCCCGCGGGAGACCCUAGGUUUCCUGACCACCAGCGACCAGCAAAACCCGUACAAGCUCGCAUUUGCCGACAAAAAUCCUACCGACUCCAAGUUGUUGCCAGGCAAUGCAUCCUUCAGGCACACUUCGGAAGGCAAGCACGUCGAUUGCUCCAUUGAAGGCAUCCCAAGCGGCGAUCUCGACUCGAACAAAGACUUCAGUGCCUACGGCGGAGGUACUUACGCUACUUCGUGGAAGCUCGCGAGCUUGUCGGACACGGCUGCACAGCCUUGCGCAGAGAAGGGCGGUAUGAAGCUGGCUUGCAAGGUGUUCGAUGACAAGGAUAAGCCCCUUCCCGACAUUCAACAGCUGUGUAUGAGAAAGUAG